UUCAAUAAAUUAGGAAGGUCGCAUCGGUUCGUUUAGUGCGUGACGUCAUCAGGCAUGUCGUUUACAACGUAUCGAGGCAAUGUUGAAUUAGAAAGUUUUGGUAAGGAGCCAACUGUAAUGGUGGAGGAUAAACGGAUCGGCGACCCGACCGAGUAAAUCUCGCGAUGACGCUGCAUUCCGAUCACAUAUCUUACAUAUCACGCACGCUGAAAUCGUUUUUUUUUUAUUGCUUAGAUAGGUGGACGAGCUCACAGCCCACCUGGUGUUAAGUGGUUACUGAAGCCCAUAGACGUGUACAACGUAAAUGCGCCACUCAGUUACAACGGCUGCCCCACCCUUCAAACCGAAACGCAUUACUGCUUCACGGCAAAAAUAGACGGGGCUUAUAUUUGUAAACAGCGAUUUUGUAUGGAAACUAUUUUGGAAGCCAUUAAAAAAAAGUUUUUUUUUCUUGUCUAAAAAAACAUUUUUUUUUAUUGCCCUUGUAGACAGACGAGCAUACAGUCCACCUGAUGGUAAGUGGUUACCGUCGCUCAUGGACAUCAGCAAUGCCAGGAGCAGAGCCAAGCCGCUGCCUACCGUUAAAUUAAAUCCUGCUCCAUUUGAGCGACCGUUAAAAAUUGACCGUUGAGUUGUAAAGUCGAAGAGCGGUAAAGUUCUCGGUGACAGUUUCAAUGGCCCGAACAAUCUCACUUGGCACGGUUACAGUGAGAAUAAACGGAAACAUGGCGGGAAUCGCAUACGUGAAUGAUAGAUAAGUCGACGUUGCAAUAAAUGAUAAUCGCGAAACUGUCGGAAGCAUUCCGAAUGUUGUUUAGACGAUUUCGCCCAAGACGAAUUGUAGACGAGGCGCCCGUUGAUAUUGAGGUCGGUACAAAAAUACAUGGCGGUUGAUGUCGUUCGGACGGCAGUAGGUGGUAGGCGGCGCACGCGCCGACCGCGCGCGACUCACAGAUUCAAAUGUACCGGCUCAUUUACGACACCCGCGCUAUAUAUAACCGCUGCGACCAGAUUAAUAUCUGCAUGUUCCAUCACAAAAAACAAGUGAUCCAUCUAAUUAAAUGUGAAUAUCUAACUGUGCCGAGUGCCGCUACAGUAUACGUCUCAAAUGUGUCCGCUGGACAAACAAACUUGAGUUCUUUAAUACGUUGACACGCAGGAAGUAUAUAUAUCUAUUUUAUAUUUUAAUAGUGAACGUCAAAGCUUUAAAAUGAAUCCACCGUCUGCGAUACACGGAGCCAUGAAUCGCGACCGUAAGCCAUUCACUUACACCCCGGGAGGGUUAGAUUUAUCAGAGAUCAAGUCGGAACGAAUGGCCAAAAGACUUAUGCGAAACGCAAUGAAUCAAGGUGUACCGGAAGUGCCAACGCACCCUGUGCAGUCGCCACCGAUGCCGUCCACACCGAUCUUAGUACCGAACUACAAUUGCUUACCGGUCCAAGUAUUUCCGACCUUUAAUUUACCGGCCAAUCCUAAAUCAUUGUUGCGAACAAGAAGCAACCCAGACACACCUAAAGAUCCGUCUGUACAACGUGUACCGCCGCCAUAUCAUUUUACAAACAAUAACAAAGAAUCAAACAUAGAAAGUUACGAGCCAGUUAGCAAGCCAACGUUUUCGUUUAUAACUACAAAUAAUAAUAGACCAACGUCUGCGUAUGAAUACGUAAACAAUCCUUAUGAGACAGUACAAACUAAUAAUGGAUGUGUUGGAUUUAAGAACCCAUAUGAACUCCCAGAAAUUAGUUAUGAUGCUGAAUAUUUAACAAGCUCGCCUAUUGUCAGUCAUGUACCUAGUAGCGAGCCCUUUAUAAAGUUUCAAAAUAAAGAAACAGAUGAAAUAAAAAAUCAAAAUGGGGAGCACGCAGAUUCGGUUCCUAAAAUAUUAACACCGGAUAUCAGUGUUGAUGCUUUAACAGAAUCAGAGAAAACAGCGGAUGCCGAAGAAACUUCAGACGAUAAGAAACAAGUCAAAUUUGUAAGCAAGACAGUUAAAAAUGAAUUAAAAAUUGAAGAACAAAAUGGUGAUCAUAAUGGUGACGUCGAAGCAGAAAUGACAGUUAAGCUACCCACUAAGAAAACAGGUGCAAAAACGGAAACUAGAGUUGAGGUGGUAAAGAAAAUUCUACCGGAUGGCACGGUACAAGAAGUGAAAACAACUACAACAAAAACUACCAUUGACGGUAAAACUGAAAUUAAAACAGAAACAGAGACAAGAACAUUGCCAAAAGAAGAGGCUGAUGAAGAAAUAGAGGAAUUUGAAGAAGAAUUGGAAGAACAAGAAAAUGCCGAUAUAGCUGUUCAAGAGGUUGAAGAAAAAUCACAAAUCGUCGAAGAACCAGAGGUGAUCACGAAGAAAAUCAUCAAAGAAAAUACUCCUGAAACCAAAGAGGAUAAUAUCAUAAAAGGUGAAGAAAAAUCAGAGACUACAACAACCACAACACGUAAAGUUGUUAUAUUACAAGCAGACAGUGAAAAUUCAAAAGAAGAUGUUGAGGAAAUGGUGGAAGAAGAAGUUGAAGAAGAAGAAGUUGAAGACAGUGAACCUGUAACAGUUGUAAUUAAGAAAACUGAAUCAAUAACCCAAAAUCAUAAUACAAAAGAAGAGGAUGAAGAAGAAGAAGAAAUAGAGGACGAAGAAGUAGAAGAAGAAGAGAAGGAAGUUAUUGAAGAAAAAGUAGCUAAAGAAGAGGAGAUUGAGUCUGCAAAAGAAAAUUUGGAUGCAGAACCAGAAGACGACGACCAAAACGAAGAGAACCGCUUAGAGGAAGCAGAAGAAGUUGUAGUUAGUAGUAAAAAAAUUACUGAAGUUGAGCAAACACCCAAGAGUGAUGAUGAUGAUGAUGGUGAUGAUGAAGUAUAUGAAGAAGCAGAACAAAAUGAAGUAGAAAAAGAGGUUGAGGUUAUAACUGAAACUGUAACUGCUGAGGAAAAAAAAGAAGCAGAAGAGGAAGAUGACGAUAAAAGUGAAGUGAUAGUCCAGGUUGAUGUUUUAAAGCCUUCUUCUGUAAAAUAUGACGAAGAAGAAGUAAACGAGGAAUGUAAGGAUAUAGAAACUGAAACUGCCGAAACGGUUGAAACUAAAGAAAACAAUUUUUCAGAAUCCUCAGUACGACCAUCAGAAACUAAACAAGAGACAGUAGUAGAAAUUAAAAUAGAAGAAAAAGAAGAAGCUGAGCCUGAAAAGAAAACCCAAAUACCUAUGAGAGAACCAUCAGUGCCACUCGAGAAAGUCGAAGAUGUUGAAAUUAAGCCAAUCGGACCGGCUGAAGUUAUCACCAAAACGCAUACAGAAAAAACUGAAAUUAUUACGCGCACUAGUCCUGUGCCCGGAGCCUUCAGUACACAAACUGAAUACAACAGAAUAGAAAAGAUUGAGACUGUUAACCGCACAACGAAAACAUUAGACGGUACUUGUGAAGAUCCUGUCCAAACAGAAAUACCGGUUAUUAAAACCUAUUUUCCCCCCAACAGGGACAGAUCUCUGUCAUCUCCAAUGCCGUCUAGACCCUUCCAACAAGCUUACAACCCUGAACCAACAACUGAACGACGCCAUAGCUUGUUACUGGAAAGACUUAGCGUUGAAAGGCAAAUGCCAUCUGAAAUUUAUCAUAACCAAAAUAAUGAGCAACAGCGACAAUGGUCACAAGAACCACAAUCUGAGGUCUUGACUAUAAGUAAUGUUAAACCCAGUUCAAUAACAAAUCAACAAUGGUAUCAACAAAUAAGAGAAAAUUCUGUUUAUAAUGAUGUUACGCCUACACCCGUAUCAUCUACACCAAUUUGGAGCCAAUCACAACCUAAGCAUCAACCUUCACCCCAACCCCAACCCCAACCUCAACCUCAGUUGCAACCUACUUAUCGACCUCAACCAACAUAUCCCACAAAUCAAACAUACACCCCACAAUCAACCCAAAAAACGAUCACUCCACAAGCUACACAACAAACAUACGCCUCUCAACCUCAACAAAAAAUAUAUACUCCACAACCCAUACAGCGCCCAUAUACUCCACAACCAACUACACCAAUUUUACAAUCGCAAUACCAACCUACUUACACAGAAACUACACAAGAGAGAAGUUCAAACACUUACACAAGUUACACUCCAAAACCGACAUGGGCUAGCAGCAUUGACACUACGCCAUCAUUUAAUUUACAACAGCCGAGCCAAUAUAAUUACGUAAACACGGAAACAACAGACAAUUAUCAGAAAACCUCACAGCAAUAUUCUUCUUCUUAUGUUCCUCCUCCGUGGGAACAAGAUUCGUCUUAUUUGGCAAAUAACUCCUCUCAAAGUUACUAUCAACCACUACCAACAACUACUUUGACACCGACUGCACCCGCACAAAGUUGGAAACCGCCAGUCCCGAAGUCCAAGUUCGCUAAGCCUCCUCCUACGGCGUACAUACCACCAGCUCCUAACCAAUCUUUCGUGAAACCAGUAAACGCCGCGGAACAAUCCAAACAGUCUGGCCGAAAAACUUAUUACAGUGAAUACGAGAGACGCUACAUUAGCGUGCCAGAGUCGACAUAUAUACCCACGGAAACGAAAUUUCAGGCGCAGCCAGAUCCAUCUCCGCAGUAUUACUAUGACAAUAAUGAACAACCUGAACCUGUUGAACAUCAGUGGCGAAAAGAAUUGAGAGAAUUCACUGAAAAAUCUCAAACACAAACUGAACAAACUAGCGUCAAGCCCCCAUGGGAGACGGAAUCUAAGUUCACGAAAACUGCGGAAUCUACAUACACAUCAACGCCCACUUGGAGUCAAACUUUGCGGCCGCGCUCUUGGCGUGAAAGGAGCUUUGAAAGGGAAUUCACUGGAUCCCAAGAGUGGCCAAAAACGAACACUCUGGGCCGUAGUAGACCUUUAAGCUCUUAUGCUAAAAAUGAGCCCAUCCUAGAAAGGACUAGAGGAGUGUCAGUAGAUAGAUAUAACCCAAAUAAUUAUCAGUCGCCAAGCAGUCUGGAACACCCGCCGGUACAAAGUCACACCCUGAUCCCAGCGCCUCACGGAACUUAUCACAAUCCGAACGUGCCCAAUUACCAUUCUCGUGCUUCUACUGAAACAAGAGAGCAGGCAACUUACAAGCAGCCGCGUACAUGGAGAGAGGCGCGCCCAACUCCGAUUCAAUCGCGCUCCUUCAAGUACCUCCAAUGGAUCACGGGCACUGAAGAUUAAUGAUUUAGCUAAUUAUGUAAUGGUUAUUAUGAGUAAAUCUUCUCAAUUGUUUUAAUGAGACGUUAAUUGUAGAUUAAUAUCGGUAUACGGAACGAGAUGGAUAAUGAGAUGGUAGUAAACAUAAAAUUUCCUUCAUUUGAUCCUAAAAUUCUCUAAAGCGAAUUUGAAGAGAUAAUUUAGAAGUGAAAAUUUAAUGAGUUAACGUAAAAAAAAAAAUUAAGUCAUGAUACAAGCACAUGAUAUCGAAUGAAUGAACUCAAAGGAGGUUGAUAUUUCUAUUCUGAUUCUGUUCUAUCCGAAAGUUAAUUUUCAUUUUCAAUUAAUACAGUUUUCACGCACUUUUUGUAUACGUACUAAAAUUGACAUUGUUAUAAAUAAGUACUAAGAUGUGUCAUGUAAAGUGUUUAAGAGUUGUAAAUUUUAAUGUUGCUCUGCUGUAACAAAAUCUUUUAUUUUAGCUUCAUGAUUAUUUACUAGCACAGAAUUCAAUUAAACAUUUUCAUUGUUCUUUGAGAGAGGCGCAAUUUGCUUUGCAUUAAUUUCGAUCAUAGUUCACAGAAUUAGCCUUCUUGUCUUAUUAUAACUUCGUUUUCUUUUAAUUAUUGUUUCUGCAUUCUGAUUUUAACAUAGAUAUACAAUUAUCAACGCUAGUCACUAUACAAUGAAUCUAGUCUUUAUUUAUUAACGCAUAUUAUUGAAAAUAAUGCAUUUUCGUUACAUUUUGAUGUUUGAACAGUUCCUAAUAAAAUUAUUCACAAAUACGUAGUUGAGUACUCUUGAAACAUGUUCUUUUUUUGUAUAAAAAGAUUAAUGUCUCAUAGUGUGUCCAAGCUAUCUGCUUUUUAACUUUUAAUUCAUUCUUAAUACACUCAACCUAAAAUAUUUGAUGUUAAUUUCAAUUUAUUAAAUUUGAUUACUGACAACGUUAUAAUAUUUAAGAGAUAACUCACUCAUAGUUGUCGUAACAAUGUGUUUCUUACGCUUUUUGUAUUAAAUGUUAGUUGUAAAGAGUUGUUGAGUUUUUGUAUACUAUAAUAAAAAUAAUGAAAUUUA